AUGGAUUUCGACAAGCUAGAUAUCAACGACCCGAGGGUUACGUCGGCCACAGCUUCUAUCCGCGGCAAGACAUACCAUUAUCUGCGGGCUGAUCCGGAAAAAGAGCCCCUUGCAACAAUCUUCCUCAUCCACGGAUUCCCAGAUCUAGGCUUCGGCUGGCGAUACCAGGUUCCGCAUUUCACAUCACUGGGCUAUCAGGUCGUGGCGCCGGACAUGCUCGGCUUCGGCGACACUGCUGCACCCGACCAGCCCAGCCAGUAUGCCUUGAAGAGCAUUGCCGAAGACAUCAAAGAGCUAGCAAACGCGAUCGUCAAAGACAAGAAAAUCAUCCUUGGGGGCCAUGACUGGGGUGGCGCCGUGGUCUGGCGCACUGCCAUGUGGUUUCCUGAUCUCGUUCAGGGCAUCUUCAGCAUUGGCACCCCUUUCAUUCGGCCUUCGUCGAUCUUUCUUUCACUAGACGAUGCUACUCGUAGCAAAAGGCUGACGACUCUGAGGUACCAGCUACAGUUUAGGGGUACAGAGAUCGAAGACGAGAUAAGGGACGAAGAGAAGGUUCGACAAUUUCUCAAUGCCAUGUUUGGAGGGGCCAGCGCUGAGGGCGAGGUCGGUUUCAGCAUCACAGAGGGUGUUCUCUUCGACAACCUCCCUAAAAUAGACCAAUCCCGACUCAUCUCAGGCCAUGAGCUAGACCAUUAUACUUCGAAAUACUUUCGAGAGGGGGAGCCUAGACUGAAGGGGCCCCUCAACUGGCAUCGUACACGCGCGAAAAAUUAUCUUGACGAGCUGCGGCUCUUGCUAAAGCCGAUCAAGUUUUCUACGCCAGCGCUCUUUCUCGCUACUACGAGGGACAAAGCAUUGCCGCUGAGCAUGUCGGAUGGGAUGGAUCAAUACUUUGAGGACUUGACUCGUGGGGAGGUUGAAGCAUCCCACUGGGCUCUAUGGGAAUCGCCUGCCGAGGUCAACAAGCAAGUAUCGGCGUGGUUGGAGAAGGUGCAGAGACGAGAUGCGCAACCGACAUAG